AACUGAACAGGUAUUUUGGGGGUGCCAGAAUGCCCUGUUUUACAGGGGUGCCAUUUGUUAAAGUGCAUCAUUAAUGUCCUCAAGUACAUCGUGAUAUAAAUGAGGAAGGAGGCAGCCACACAAGGAAGGUGCCAAGGAUGUGCCCUUUGGACAGGAGAGAUCCGGCAUGUCCUGCAGGGAGGUGGCACUCGGUGGGCAACGGAGAAGGAGGCUGCUCCGGGUGGCGAAGGAAGGCGUCUGGAAAGGGGUCGUGGGAAGGGCACUUGAGCAGGACCGUGGGGCUCAUUGAAGGGACUGUCACUGACUCAGAUGGGCCGGAGUACGGAGUCCCCAGGUGUGAUGGUGACACAGGCUGGACUAGGUGGGCUGGUGAAGCUCGGCUGGUGGAGUUUACAUUGGCCCAUGGGAGGUGCCACAGGGAGCCGUGCAAGGUUCGAUCAGGAUUUUGGUGGAAGCAGUGCAAGAGGGAGCCUGAACUGAGCUGUGUUUGGCCGUGGCAGGUGGAGGAGGCGGGAUGUGCCGCCGGCUGCUCACAGGCACUCCUGUCCUCCCUUCCUCAGGGCGACCUGAUCCGUGGCCUUUGAGCUUCUUCCCUCUGCUGCUGUUUCCCAGGGCUCUCCCCUCUGCUGUCUCCCUCCAUGCCCCCCAUCUCUCAGAGUUAGGUGAUUCCCCAUACCUGGGCGCAACUAGCGAAGACCACGGCCUGCUGCUGGCUCCUGGAGGCGGUUGUGGGCAGGCAGGAGGGGCAGCCAUUGCCAACAUGCUCCAGGGCCACAGCCCAGUGUUCCAGGCCUUGCUGGGGACCUUCUUCACCUGGGGGAUGACAGCGGCCGGGGCUGCGCUUGUGUUCAUCUUCUCUAGUGGACAGAGGCGGAUCUUAGAUGGAAGCCUCGGCUUUGCGGCAGGGGUCAUGCUAGCAGCUUCCUAUUGGUCUCUCCUGGCUCCAGCGGUCGAGAUGGCCACGUCCUCUGGGGGCUUUGGGGCCUUUGCCUUCUUUCCCGUGGCCAUUGGUUUCACCCUUGGAGCUGCCUUUGUCUACCUGGCUGACCUCCUGAUGCCUCAUCUGGGUGCGGCAGAAGACCCCCAGACUGCUCUGGCACUGAACUUCGACCCUGUGCUGAUGAAGAAGUGUGACCCCGAGGGUCCCGAGCUGCUUUUCUCCGAGAGCGAACUUUCCAUCAGGAUAGGUAGCGCUGGGCUUCUUUCAGAUAAGAGCGAGAACGGUGAGGCGUACCAGCGGAAGAGGACAGCGGCCCUGGCCGGGGGGCCCGCAGCCCCAGCAGCUCCUCCGGGGGCCCUGGCACCGUCCGGCGGCAGCUGGCGGAGGAUCGUGCUGCUCAUCCUGGCCAUCACCAUCCACAACGUGCCAGAGGGUCUGGCUGUUGGAGUUGGAUUCGGGGCCGUGGAAAAGACAGCGUCCGCCACUUUCGAGAGUGCCAGGAACUUAGCCAUUGGAAUUGGGAUCCAGAAUUUCCCGGAGGGUCUUGCUGUCAGCCUUCCUUUGCGAGGGGCUGGCUUCUCCACCUGGAAAGCCUUCUGGUACGGGCAGCUCAGCGGCAUGGUGGAGCCUCUGGCCGGGAUCUUCGGUGCCUUUGCCGUGGUGCUGGCCGAGCCCAUCCUGCCCUACGCUCUGGCCUUCGCUGCGGGCGCCAUGGUCUACGUGGUCAUGGACGACAUCAUCCCCGAAGCUCAGAUCAGUGGCAACGGGAAGUUGGCGUCCUGGGCCUCCAUCCUGGGGUUUGUGGUGAUGAUGUCCUUGGACGUUGGCCUGGGCUAGCGCUGGACCGCACGGACCCCAGGAGGGGCAGCACGAGGACCGGCGACGGCUGGCUGCGGUGGGGCCGCCAGCCCCUUUCUUCACGUUAGAGCCCUUUUUCCUCUCCCUCCUUUGCCUCUCCUUACUCUGAUUGACUCUGAUUACGACUAUUUCUACUUUUCCUUUUGCGGGAGAUACUGGUUUUAUUUGGAAUUUCAAGGUGUCACGCAAGGGCACGUUUUUGCUUGGCCGCUGAAGGGACGCUUUCUGCAGUGGGAUUUCCCAGAGCCUACGGACCAGGGAAAGCUCUGCUCGAAUGUCUUCACUCUCCCUUGCUGGACUCGAUGGCAGCUCCUCAAGGUCACCUACAGAAGCAAGCCACCGGGGCAGGACUGCCUGGUGCCUUGGAGCCGACCCACCAGGACGCCUGUCGCGUCCCGCCUGCUGGACCACCGCUGCUGCUCCGCCACCGCGUGGGACUCAAGCAUCGCCGCGUCGCUGCUCCCCAAGGCCCAAGGAGGGACAUUCUCUGUCUGCCUCCAGGGGAGAUGCUUAGUGUAUGGGAGGGACAUGGGUGCAGGGAGGAGAGUCAGCUGAUCUUUGGUUCAAGGCAAAGUUGCGUUAAGGGAAUACGGAAGCGGCGAAGACACAGGCUGAGAAAAGAGAACAGACUGUGGCUUUGAUGGGGGGCCCUGCUGUCCAUGGGCUCCAACAGCAAAGCCGUUUGUCAUGGUCUCCAAAUCCCCUGGACAAUUAUUUUGAUACGUUUAUAGCCUUCAUUUUUCUAAGAGACCGGGGGACACGAGGAGGCCACUGCAACUCAAACCCUUUACUUCGUUGUGGAGGAAAUCAUUUAAGCGAAGAUAAGGCAACGGAAGACACUGGAACCCGCCAUGGGUCUCACUCUGUGACCACUUGGUGACUUGUGACCUGACCCUGAACCCUUAACAUGCAGCAGACUUCACUGGAGUGUGGCCAGAGAGCUUAGGAAGAGAAAGGAAGGCAUAGGAAGAGAUAUUUUUUAAUUUCCCUUCUACAGUAAAUUUUAGCAACAUCAGCCAACACUCUGCAAUGACCCUAAAGGAUGACUUGAAGUAGACAAGUGGCCACCCACUCCACGUAGCUUCCGCUGCAGGGUGGCGGCACCUGCUGCUGCACACACAGCGAGGCCUGCCGUCCGCAAUGGUCACAGGGGCAUUUAGCAUCUUGAGCAGGCUCCGCUGGCCAGGCAGCGGCACAAGAGCCAGGUUUCAGGCAUUGGGUCACCCAUGUCUGCCCUCUGAGUUUACACGUUCGAUUGCUUCGCAGGGUAAAUUCCCUGCUCUGCGAAUACGCUAAGACCCCAAAGGCCAGUCUCCUGCUGGGCCUGCGUAUGUUCUUCCGAAGUUCUGAUGAUCAAAAUUGAAGACACGUUCAACGGUUUGAUUGGUCAAGAUUAAUUGGUUUGGUGGCUGGUGUGUGUGUGUGUAUUUCUAUGUCUCUGUAUGUAGUUCUACAUAAGGCAAACUUCUUUCUGAUGGACAAGACCUCAUAACUGUGAUUAAUAUCAAUAAAGGGGAGAUCGUUGCAGAUGAUAUGUGGCUGUGUUCAGUGUUUCUCAAAGCUGCUUCUUUCCAGGGUUGAUAAUAUAAGGGCUGAGGGCAGUGAGUCCCAACGUCUCCCCUGCAGAAGCAAAGGAAGACUCCGAUGAGCCGGGCUAGUUAGAUGGAUGGUUAUGAACAGCAGUAGCCAGCUCCACCUUACUUAGACCAAGAAUUGAAUGGAAGGCUGUCAGGGAGCUCACGAGCUCUACAGGAAAAUCAGGCUUGAAUAUGGGUUGGAUUUAAGGAAACUAGGAGUCUGGGACCAUGGCCCAAUCAGAUCUCACAAACCAGCCUCCUCAUGCCACCCCCAGGCUGAUCCUUAGAUAUUGGACAUCAGUACUCACCGUGCUUCCCCUGGCAUCACCGCCACCACGUGAGCACGAACUCUAAACUGACCUGUGGUCCUGAAAGGGACACCGAGCGCCUGGCAGAGCUCAAGUCCCGUGCCCAGGAACUAGCUGGUACUGCCUCCUCACCGAGACUCACACAGUAAUGGAAUUUCAAACUCUGAAACGUGUUCAGAAGGUAGAGAGUCAAGAGAACAGCUUAAGUUUAUGACAGUCUCGUUCUUUGACUGCUCAGCAUCUGCCUUAUUCCUCCAUUUUCUCUUUUAAAGACUUUCUUCUUAGAUAAUGGGGCCAUCCCUCAGGACGCUGAAAAUUCACACAGGCCGGCCCUUCCCAAAGGAGCCACCCCUGUGGCGGACUGCCCCAGUGGGGCGCGUUCCUGUCUCAGAUUCAAAAACUUAAACUGGAGGAGCCCAAGCUGAUGAGCGCUGACCUUGGACACUGCCGAUGCUCUGCCAGCCCCGGGCAGUGCUCAGCUGCAGGCUGAUGACUGUGGCCUCUGCCGGUACGGGAGGCCAGGGAGUCUCGCGCUGAGACAGGUUCCCAUGUCUCCAUUUGGAAUUGCCGGCCGCCCUGCCACCCCAUCAUCACUUUGUCAUUCCUAAACACAUUGCUUCUGACAAGGGGUUCGCUUUCCAGUCACAGAGGGGAGGCCACUUUGGUCUGAUCCCCCAGAAGGAGUCGUCCGUGUUGAACUAUGACGUGAAUUAUGAAAGAUCUGGUUUCAGCUGGUCUGACCUCAAUCCAUUAUCUAAUGAGAUCAAUAUUGUCCUUUUUAAGGCGGGUGUUUGUUCAGAACCGGUGAUCACAGUUGAGUUGCUCUUCCCCCUAAAAGCAGGUCUGGCGUGGAUGGGGUGGGGUGCUGCACCCCUUCUGUUUGACCUAAGGCUCCCCAUUCUGUAGAUCAUCUUUUCUCUCCCUGGAUGGUUUCUUUGAAGUUGUCCACUUACUUACAUUUUAUCUUGCUGCUCGUGCUUGCCGUGGUUUAUUAAAACUUUCAACUCCAAGAUCCACCUCAAGGAGUUUUACGUCUAUGUUUUCUUCUGGGAGUUUCACGGUUGCGGGCUAUGCACUGU